AAAAGAGAAACCUAACAGAGAGAGAGCGCCUUUGGUAGGGUUUUAGAGAGGAGGAGAUGAUAGAUGGCAGGAGUAGUGAGCGGUCGCACAAGGCUCACAGGUCCCGGCAGUCGGGUGCCAAGGCCAACAAGAAGAAUAAGAAGCCCCAGAAAGAGCACAACCCCAAGGCAUUCGCUUUCAGCUCCACUGUGAAAGCCAAGCGUCUCCAGUCUCGCGCCGUCGAGAAAGAGCAGCGCAGACUUCAUCUUCCCACCAUUGAUCGCUCUUACGGCCUCGACCCGCCUCCCUUUGUUGUUCUUGUCCAUGGACCUCCCAAGGUUGGCAAGUCUCUGCUGAUUAAGUGCCUCGUAAAGCAUUACACCAAACAUGAUUUACCCAGUGCCAGUGUCCAAGGCCCCAUCACCAUUGUAUCAGGGAAGCAGCGCCGCCUUCAGUUUGUGGAGUGCCCCAAUGAUAUCAAUGGUAUGAUUGAUGCCGCUAAGUUCGCUGAUUUAGCAUUGCUUCUUAUCGAUGGAAGCUAUGGUUUCGAAAUGGAAACUUUUGAGUUCCUUAAUAUAUUGCAAGUUCAUGGCUUCCCAAAGGUCAUGGGAGUUCUCACUCACCUUGAUAACUUCAAAGAUGCAAAGAAACUCAGGAAAACAAAGCAGCAUCUCAAGCAUCGCUUCUGGACUGAAAUAUAUGACGGUGCUAAGUUGUUUUAUUUAUCAGGUCUUAUUCAUGAAAAGUACGUCAAACGUGAAAUUCACAAUCUCGCUCGUUUCAUAUCUGUUAUGAAGUUUCAUCCUUUGUCUUGGAGAACUGCUCAUCCUUAUGUUCUAGUAGAUCGUUUUGAAGAUAUCACUCCCCCUGAGAAAGUGCGCUUGAAUAAGAAAUGUGAUAGAAAUAUCACACUUUAUGGUUAUCUGCGGGGGUGUAACAUGAAAAAAGGAACAAAGAUUCAUAUUGCAGGUGUUGGUGAUUACAGUGUUGCCGGUAUGACAGGCUUAGCUGAUCCGUGUCCUUUACCCUCAGCGGCCAAAAAGAAGGGGCUGCGUGAUAAAGAAAAACUGUUUUAUGCGCCUAUGUCUGGGCUUGGGGAUCUCAUGUAUGACAAAGAUGCAGUGUAUAUAAAUUUGAAUGAUCACUCUGUUCAGUUUUCAAAACAGGAUGAAAAGGGUAAAGCAAUGAACAAAGGAGAGCAUGAUGAUGCGGGUGUGAGCAUGGUUAAAAGUCUUCAAAACCCAAAAUAUUCGCUUGAUGAAAAGUUGGAGCAGAGCAUCAUUAACUUUUAUGUCCAGAAACCGAAAUCGGAACCUCAAAAUGAUAACAAUGACAAAUCCAGAGAAAGAGUUCGAAUGAUAGAGCCUUUAGAGGAACAUCAGUUUGAGGAAGCGAUGAAAGCUGGUGGGUCUGGUCAGGAAAGUGAUGUUGAGGAUAUUGAUGGCUCAGAAUCAAUAUCUUUUCAGAAUGAUGGUGCUCAUAAUGUUGCAAUAACUAAAAAUGAUUCUAGUGAAUCUGAUAGAGAAAAUGGUGAUGUAUCAGAUCGAGAUGAUGUUAAUCUUAAAGGUCACUUGAAGGAACAUGUUGAGUUUCAUGAAGGAAGGUCAAGGAGAAAAGUAGUCUUUGAAAAUGAUCUUAAUCCUACUGAUAUGGAGGAUUCAGAAGAGUCGGAAGAUGAUGACGAUGGUGGUGAUAGUGAUGCAGAUAAUCAUACCUCUUCUGGGUCAGAGUCUUCAGAGGAAAAUAGAGAAAUCCAUGAGACAGAUGAUGACGUGGGAAACAUAGCAAAGUGGAAAGAGUCUUUGGCAGAACGGACAUUCUCAAGACAAACCACUAACCUUAUGCAACUUGUAUAUGGGAAAUCUUUGUCGGUUUCAACUAAAGCCAAUGAAGAACAAGACAGUAGUGCAGAUGAGGAAAGUGACGGAGAAGACUUUUUUAAGCCAAAAGGGGACGAGAUCAAGAAACAUACAGUAGAAGUAGGAAAGUGCAAUGUUGAGGACUCUUCCAAAUUUACAAAUCCUUCAAUCAAAGAUUGGAAUGAUAAAAAGCUUAUAGAAGUUGUGCGCAAUCGUUUUGUCACUGGUGAUUGGUCAAAGGCUGCUAAGAGAAAUCAAGACCCGGCUACAUUUGAAAAUGAAGAGGAAGAUGCUGUAUUUGGUGACUUUGAAGAUCUGGAAACGGGUGAGAAGCAUGAUGGAUACAAUGCUAAUGAUACAAGCAAAGUUGCAAACAAGAAGAAAGCUGGCUUAGAUGAGGAAGAGCGGAGGCUUAAAAAGCUUGCUCUUCGUGCCAAGUUUGAUGCUCAAUAUGACGAUCCUGAUACAAGUGAAGGGGAACCUGAUGAUACACAAGUAAGCCAGUUUGGACGAGAUCGAGCAAAAGAAAGCAGCUAUGUUGACAAGUUGAAGGAGGAGAUUGAACUUCGGAAGCAAAUGAAUAUAGCUGAACUCAAUGACCUUGAUGAGGGCACCCGAUUAGAGGUAGAGGGUUUCCAGACAGGGACUUACCUUCGGUUGGAAGUUCAUGAUGUUCCGUAUGAGAUGUAUGAAUAUUUUCAUCCCUGUCAUCCUAUUUUGGUUGGAGGAAUUGGUCUCGGGGAAGAAAGCACUGGAUACAUGCAGGUCAGGUUAAAGCGGCACAGAUGGCACAAGAAAGUGCUAAAGACUAGUGACCCCAUCAUUGUAUCUCUUGGGUGGAGACGUUACCAAACAAUUCCUGUUUAUGCCAUUGAAGAUUGCAAUGGAAGGCAUCGCAUGCUUAAGUACACUCCAGAACACAUGCAUUGCCUGGCAAUGUUUUGGGGUCCUCUUGCCCCUCCCAAUACUGGUCUGGUUGCUUUCCAAAAUUUAUCAAACAAUCAGGCGACGUUUAGGAUCACCGCCACAGGAGUUGUGCUUGAGUUCAACCAUGCAUCCCGAAUAGUGAAGAAACUCAAACUAGUUGGUUACCCUUGCAAGAUAUUUAAGAAUACAGCACUUAUAAAAGAUAUGUUUACCUCAGAUCUUGAAAUAGCUCGAUUUGAAGGUGCUUCUGUUCGAACAGUCAGUGGCAUCCGAGGGCAGGUGAAAAAGGCUGCAAAAGAAGAAAUCGGUAACCAACCGAAAAAGAUGGGUGGACAACCUAAGGAAGGAAUUGUUAGGUGUACUUUUGAGGACAAAAUUAAGAUGAGUGAUAUUGUGUUUCUGCGCGCGUGGACUCAGGUUGAUGUUCCUUGCUUCUAUAACCCAUUAACCACAUCUCUGCAACCCCGUGAUCACACCUGGCAAGGGAUGAAAACUGUAGCUGAGUUGAGGAGAGAACGCAAUAUUCCUAUUCCUGUUAACAAAGAUUCACUCUACAAGCCAAUUGAAAGGAAGCAGAGGAAGUUCAACCCACUGGUGAUUCCCAAAGCGAUACAAAAAAAUCUUCCAUUUAAAUCAAAGCCUAAGGACACACCGAGUAGAAAGAAAAAACUUCUUGAAGAUAGAAGAGCUGUUGUGAGGGAGCCUUAUGAAUUGAAAAUAUCUGCUCUGGUUCAAAAUCUUAUGUUAAUCAGAUCUGACAAGUUAAAGAAGCGCAAGAUAAAGGAUGAGAAAAAAAGAAAAGAAAUUGAAGUACAGAAAGCCAAAGAUGAGCAGGUGUCAAGAAAGCGCCAGAGAGAAGAACGACGAGAGAGAUACCGGGUGCAAGACAAAGCUCAGAAGAAAAUGAGGAGACGUGCCGAGGACUGAUGGUAGUCUGCAACAACUUUUUAAUUAAAUCGCAGUAUGCCUUCAAACAGCAGGGCUAGAAGUAGAAGCAUGAAGAGCGCAAAUUUGUUGCAGUCUUGGAUUUCAUGCUGGGUCAAAGACGUGAUUUGGAUAUAUAUCCAUUUACUGAGUCAUGGACCAAGCAAGAGCGCUAAUUUUUUUUUUUUUUUUUUUUUUUUU